AUGCGUAUGCACAUAAAGCCUGAACCAGUUCCGAACUCGCGGCUUUUGAAAGGGCCAAUGGGUUUCCCUGAAACAAUGCAAGCAUGCUCUGCACUCACGAAGAGCCAUCCUUCAAGCAGCAAAGUACAGAGAAGGCUCAAACAAGCGGACAUGGCAGUAGGAACGGAAAGGAACGGAGACGUUAAGGCGAAGGAGGCACAAAUAUGGCCUAUUUGGCAAGAAGCAUUAAAAGAACGCAACACCAAGAAACUUACCGUGAUACCAGUACCCGACAAUGGACUCUCCAUGGAAUGCGUCUGACUGCCAGCGGCCAAACCCGUGCGGUCUCUCUUCGCUGUCUACCUGUCCUACGUAGAAAACCACGGACACGGGGCCCAAGGUACAGUUCUUCUGGCGGCGCCAGAAUAA